AUCGCCAUUGUUUACAAACAUUGGAGGCGAAAGCGACGUGGACGGUGGACGUGAGACACACACUAAUCUUCCUACAAAGAACAAGAACAAUCGCUAUAACCUGAAAACAACGAAGAACCACAAGGAAAAAUCCAGGGAGUAUAGACUGCUGUAUAGUCUAAAACACUAUAAGAGAAGAAAGAAGAAAAAGAAGGACGGUGGGCGUGAUUUUCAAGUUUUGCAUCGAUAUUAUCCUUGCAGAAGAAUUAUGGAGUCUAAGCCGCGGGUUGUUGUGCUGUCUACACAUGAGAAAGAUGGAAGGGAGAUUGUGAAAGGCAUCCUUGAUUUGGAGUGCUUGCCAAAUCCCGAAGUAGAGAAGGAGGGUGUUGAAUGCUGGCCCUGGGAGAUGGAGAAUAAAUACUACACAGCUUCAGUGCUGCUGACGACAGUGCCUCACCCAGAGAAGUGUAUGCAGUGGAUCCUAGAGAGUGGGGAGGCCCUGAUUGUAUAUUGUGAUGCAACACAGAAUGAUGCCCUAGACAGCAUAAACAGCUUGGUGGAAAAUGUAGGGGAGUUUGAGCCGGAGGUGCAGAUGCUGGUCUGUGACUCAUGCUCAUCAGAGGACGGAAAUGGUGGGCUAUCAAGACUGAAUGCUCAGCAGUGGUGUAUAAGUAAUGGCUGGGAGCUCAUAGAACUGAAUCGUGCACAGGAGACCAACAACGAGGACUCAGAAGAUGAGGAUGACUUCCCAGAGAGCCUCGGCUUUAAACGUGUCCGGCAGGCUCUUCAUGCACACACCUGGUCCAACCUGGUCAUGAAAGAUAACAACCGAAGCAGCCGAUUGAAUGCUGUGUUGCAAUCGGUGGCUUCAAAGGAUGACAAGAAUGGCAAAGAAGGACAGGAAUCGGAUGAGGUGCUCUACUCUCAACUGUCAGACUUGACUGUGGAGGAUAACAACACUGGGGCUUCUCCUCUUGCAGGUGACUACCUAGACCCCAUGAUGAUGGAAGGCUGCCUGGAAAAGGAUGAGGGUGACUUCGAGAAUCUUUUCUCCAGCUUUGAGCACCUUAAGCGGACUGCGUCAUCACUCCCACCCGACCAGCGGAGGGACUAUGCAGAGAAAGUGGCUGUGGCAUUCUGGAGGGCCAUGGGGGGUGACGAAGAUGAGGUCGAUGGCUUGGAUUCGGAGUAACACCAGUGGAGAUGUUGGCGGUUUAGGGUCUUUGGAUUAGUGUGUAUGAAAUAUUAAUGUAUCUCUCUCUUCUUUCUUGUCUCUCUCUUCUUUCUUGUCUCUCUCUUCUUUCUUCUUUCUCUUUCUCUUUCUCUUUCUCUUUCUCUUUCUCUUUCUCUUUCUCUUUCUCUCUCUCUCUCUCUCUCUCUCUCUCUCUCUCUCUCUCUCUCUCUCUCUCUCUCUCUCUCUCUCUCUCUCUCUCUCUGCCUUUCACUGCCUUUCUAUUCUCUCUCUUUCUCAUUCACAGUUUACAUAUGGUAUUGUAUAUGAAUGGUUGUUGUUAUGCCUUUCUUUUCUUUUCUUUUGUUAUUGAUGUUGUUGUAGAUAAAGGAAUUUAUGUAUAUUAUGCAUGAUGUGAUGUAAAGUAAGCAAAUAAUAUAUAUGUAUAGGAGGAUAGGCAAUGUAUCUUUUUUGAGCUUGAGAUGUUCUGGUAUGUUAAAGAUGAAAACAUACCAUACCCAUGUUUGCUGUGGUUUAUGUAUGAUUGUGUUAAUAUAUUUGCUCCAAUGUUAUAUAAAAGUGACAUUUCUACAUAUAAUGAAUUAUUUACUAUUAACAGAUGAUAACAUCAGGACUAAAAGAUCAAUAAUCAGAAUUUUCUCUGUGAUGUAUUUUUUUAUAUUAUUAUUUGUAUAGCAUUUUUCUUUACUCUUCAGUGGUGCCUGUUUUCCAGUGUAGUUUUUCAUACACAGAUGUUAGAGUACUAAUAAAUAAAAUCCACUGAGGCAUGCACUUCUUAAUUUGUGGAAGUACCAGCUGUAAAUACAUACAAAAAUUAUCAUUUAGGAAAUACUGGCCCAACGAGUAUUCAUUUAUAAUUUACAAAAUACUAGUCAUAUGAAAAUUUGACAUUACAAGAAUGAUUUACAAUGGUAUAAGAUACAUGUAGAUGGGGAUUGAUGAGUGAAAAGGGAGGAAAAUUGACAUGUCCCUUUAAUCAUUAGAUGGCGAUUAUAGACGUUAAAUUAGUUGUCAGUCUUUCCCGUCUAAGAAAUGACCAGAUUCCACAUGGUUUCAUUGUGCAUGUACAAAUGAUCUGAGUAAUGAUUUUUGUUUUGUUCGAAUGUUUUUGUAUUCUUGAUUUAUUGGAGGGCCUUUUGAUGUAUUGAUUUUGUGUUUAUUAAUAAAUGUAUUGAAUUAUUGGCAGGACAAGUUUUCCAGUGAUACUACAUAAUUUAAAUUUGUUUUCAGAGUAGAAUUUUUCCAAGUAAAACAAUAUGCUUUAUUUGUAUGACCCUUUGUAAGUAGUCUGUCAGUUUUUUUUGUUUUUUUUUUCGGGGACUUUAUUAAUUUCAUUUGAACUUACUUUUUUAUUAUAUUGUAUAGAGGUUCAGUUGCAUUUUGCAGAUGUUGUUAUGUGUUCAAUAUUAUUUUCACUUAUGAAGAGAUGUUGUAAGGUCUUUGUAUAGAUAAAUAUAUCAUUUGCAAAAAGUCAUCUUACCUGAAAAUGUGUAACUUUUUUUGCUGUUUCUUCUGAAAUCAUAAAACAAGGAGAUAAAUGUGGUCAAACAGAGAAUAAUGUAUUUAUUUAAUGCAUCCUACAAGGGGUAGGAAAUAAAAUUAGACAGAAAUUACUUAAACAUUGUUUUUGUCCAGUUACAAUACAGCUCACUGUCAAGGAACUGAAAGACAUAAAAAAUGAAUUAUGAAUUAUGCAGAUUAGGAGUAUGAUGUUACAUUCCAGUUCUUUUUUUUUGCAAUUGAAUGAUAAUAAAUGUACUAUCAGUCAGGUUUUUUUUUUCCCCCAAUAGAUAUUUGUAACUUGAAGUUAAAUGUUCUGUAUUACUAUUAUGACAUAAGUGAACAUAAAGUAAAUAUAUAGUAACAGUAAAUGAUAAUUAUAUGAAAAGUACAUAAUAAAAUUGUUAAUUUGUUUAUAACAAAACUUGUAAAUAAACUCAUCAUCAACAGGAA